CACACGGCUAUGGUAUACCCUUACAAACUACUAACACUAGCGCUUUGUUCAACAUGGCUCAAUGGCUGUCUUUGCGCUGAGUAUUCCUUAAAAGUAACCACAGGAAGUUCACUUGGAGCGGGGACGGACGCAAACGUGCUCAUAAAGAUCAUCGGCACAAGGGGUACUACCGCUGAACAUAAGCUGGAGGGCUCAGGAGACGCUUUUGACAGAGGAAAUACUGCCCAGUUCUCCUUCAAGGACGCCGCUGACGUUGGAGACAUCACAGCCAUAUCACUCAAAAGAGACGAAGCUGGUUGGUUUCCCAAGUGGCAGCUCGCUCGUGUAAGUAAAGCUGACUCAUUCCUUUUGGCAAUUUUUUCUAUACUGUUAAAAGUUUAUAUCCAAUCAGUUAACAGCUCACUCCUUUAUUACUUAAUAGUCUUCUAGAUCAGUCGCUGACCAAAAAAACCAACGGGCGAAAAAGUCACGCCGGCACUAUAUCUAUUUUAUUUAAUACACCAUAUUAUCUACAUUGCUUCUUUUUUAUCGAUAAAUACUAAAAUUGUUUAUUACAAUUGUAGCGUAGUCUUGCAUUUUACACUAACGUCUUUACCUCACCUCACAUGCAGCGAGAUUCAUUUGGUCCAGAGAAAGGAUUACAAAAUUUUAAUGACAGAACUGACUAUCAGAGAGAUUUGCAACAAGCUGAGGAAGUUUAACGAAUGCCAUGUUCUUCUGAAAGUGAUUUAAAGUUUUUGAAGCUUAAGUAACACUGACGUCUGAAGGUCUUAAAUUUUCAAAGAUUUAAUGUACAAUGGGAGCUGAUCAGGAGUUUGUAAGUCAAGAAACUGGUGAAAGCGACUUUAUACAAGAACAACUUUGCCACAAACAGUGUUCUGGUUAUUUCGUAUUCAAAAAGUCUCUUCUCUACUUACUGAAGGUUCUGUUGAAGGAAAGCAGUUCUCGGAAAUGGUUGCUGUUUGAGCACAAUGAUUGGACUGAACCAAACGAGUGGUUUACAAUUCAAGGUAUCCUAGGUCUAUAAACUCACUUACCCUACCUGAAUGUAGAAUUUGAUCGCUGAUGAAUCACAAAUUAUUUAACCGACAAAUGAAGAAGCCUAAGCCUUGUAUUACACUGUGAUAAAACACGACGAGCAUUUGAGAACACGAGGAAAAUAUAGAAAACACGAACCGCAGGCACGGUGUUUUCUUAAUUUCUCGAGUCUUCUCAAAUGCCCGGAGUGUUUUAUCACAGUACAGUAAACGCGGCUUAGGCUUCUUUAUUUGCUUUAUGACGCAGCUAGUACCACUUAAGUGCUACAUGCCUCGUCUUAAAAACUUUCUGCUGCUUCGCAGAGAACUCGGUCACAAAUUUCUUCAAAGAAAAUGUUUUUCGCCAUCUCUAA